AUGGCAAGAAAACUUUCUAAUGUCUCCAAUGAGAAACUUGAGCCUCCAAAGAAUAGAAAAUUGACCAGUACUACUCAGUUUCCCACAGCCACCGACCAUCGAACACUGACAUCCCUCCAAACCAAGAACACUGACAUCCCUCCAAACCAAGAAGACGAAGUAGAAGAAGAGCAUCACAUUCUCCGACUGCCAAACCGCAUAGUGCUGGAGUUCUUCUGCAAAAUCCCAACGAAAUGGCUCGCCCAAUGCAAGUGUGUAUGCAAGUCUUGGCGCCGGUUGCUUUCCGACCCUCAUUUCACCAAAAGCCUCCUUUCACGAACACCCACUUACCUUCUGCUCCGAGACACUUGUUAUCUCAAGAGCCUCGUCAUUUUCGACUUCGAAAAGGCAUCCGACAGAAAUAUGUUCGAGUUCUGGGACAGGCCGAAAACCGAAGACGACUGCUUGACCAAGCUUUCUGGAGACCGCAAUGCUCUCAUUUCCGGCCAGGUCAUCGGUUCAUGCAAUGGAUUCCUCUGCAUAUACAAUGACUGGCCUAAUCCUUGGCGUCUUUACAUUUACAAUCCCAUUACUGGUGAGUCUCUGACUCUUCCAACGCCUGAAAUGAAAUGCUCCUUUUUUUGUGGCUUAGGGUAUAGUCCUAUCAGUGAUGUGUACAAGAUAGUCAUGUUUAAGUAUCCGAGUGAAGGUCCUACUAAUAAAAGGGAGGUGAAGGUCAUGACUGUUGGCUCUGGGGUUUGGAGAACCAUUGGGGAUUUGGGGUUUAAUGUUUUAGGGGAUGCUGAUUCAAAGGGGGUGUAUCUUAAUGGAUUUCUUCACUGGAUUGGUGAGUCUUGCAAGGAUUCGGUUUCGAUAUUUGCCUUUGAUGUCGAAAAUGAGCGCUUCCAAGAGUUGCCACCACAUCCUAGUGCUUUAAAAAUCAAAACCGUUGAAAUCUUCAACGGUUGGCUGUCCAUAUUUCUUCGCAGAAGAGGUGUCAUCAGUGUUUGGGUCAUGAAGGAUUAUGGUGUUGAGGGGUCUUGGACCAAAGAGCUUGAAAUUGAAAAGGCAAGUGAUUCUCGAGUCUUGAUGUCUACAAACAAGGGGCAAGUGUUGAUGUUACGUGAUUGGGAAAUUCAUACUUAUGAUCUUGGAACAAAGAGGUAUAAAUGGGUUCCUGUCAAUGGAUUACCAUUAGUGUUUCAAGAAAUUGCACAUACUCCAAGCUUUGUUUUGCUGAAAGACAUCAUCAAGGGUUAGAACCAAAGGAAUUGAUGUGCUAUACUGAGGCAUCUAAUGAGCUUCAGAAGAAACAUUACGCUGUCAACUCAAUAUUCUGUGGGACAAGAACUAUCAUUGAAGCAUUCCUUUUGCUUCUUUUGUUACGGUUUACCCUCCCUUUCUUGUUUAGGCCUUUGCUAUUAGGAGGGUCCUUCGUGCUCUGAGUGUUUUUUUUUUUUUUUUUUUUUUUUUUUUUUUGACUUUGUCAAGGGGAACCCAAAGGCUUCCUAGGAUCAAGAUAAACCCCUUCGUGCUCUGAGUU